AUGGCUCAACAAGAACAGAAGCAGCCUUCAAAUAAAUUGCCAAAGGUGAAGUCUCACCACGUACUUUUGUUUGUGGUGAUUGUGCUUUUGGUGCUUGCCUUCCACUGUCGCCGGAAGUUGGCUGAGAGAUUUGAAAUUUGGCGAAAUAAGAGAAGAUGGAACCGACUCGCAACUACAGGGUUUGAGGGUGACUUAGAGAAUGGAUUUUCCAGUAACAAUUUUAACAUUACUGAUAACAUAGCCAAGAAUGAUCCGAGAACGUUGGAUGAGGCAGCUAAGGAGGAAAUUCGGAGUUUGAUGCAGAGACACAACUUGACAUUCGACGAGGCUAGGCUUCGCUAUUUGCGUGAAAAGAUGCGGGCCAAUGGUGUCGAUGCUAACGGCGUCCCUACAGAUCCACGAACGGUAACUUUCAGUACAUAA